AUGGCUGAUGAGACGAUCACGCCGGCCAUGCCGCCGCCGGCUGGCCAGACUUCUAACUUUAUCAACCCAGACUACACCGGAACGAAGUUCAUUGCUGUGAACUCCGUUUUCCUUCCUUUGGCCGUGAUUGCUCUGGCUGUUCGAACAUGGACUCGACUCUUUGUGGUCCGCAGUUUUCGCUGGGAUGAUUCUCUUAUGCUGUCUUGUGCGCUUACUGGUGUAACAUCAGAUAUGCUGAAUUGGGGCCUGGGAAAGCACAUGUGGGAUGUCCCUUUAAGUCACCUAACACCACAAUUUAUGAAGCUCAAUGUGAUCGCCGCCAUUUUAUACUGCGCUGCCACAGGUUUCACCAAAUGCUCGGUCCUCAUAUUCUAUCUUCGCAUCUUCCCUAGCCGCAACUUUCACAUCGCUGUGUGGUCGAUUGUGUUCAUCGCGGCCGGAUACAGUCUCGCCAGUAUUCUCGCCAACAUCCUCAGUUGCAGCCCUGUCGCCAUGGCCUGGGACCUAUCUAUAACGUCUGGACAUUGCAUGAAUCGACCGGUCUUUUACUUCGCCAACGCGGGAUUGGGUAUAUUCACAGAUUUCGCAACUGUUAUUGUACCAAUUCCAUGGCUACGCCGAUUACAGAUGCCGAACCGGCAGAAGAUUGCUGUUGGUGUCAUUCUCGCUAUGGGAUGCUUUGUCGGAAUCGUCAGUUGCAUCCGCCUCGUCACACUUUAUAAACUGCUCGAAAGCCCAGAUCUGACCUGGGUUACGACGGAUGCGCUCAUGUGCUAUUCGGCCAUUCAUUCGACAAUUUUCCCCGGACUGCUGGGGCAUUCCUCUGGUGGUGGAUAUGGCUCAUCACGAUCUCGCAAGUAUGGCCACCCUCUUGGCUCGAUCCCUCGGAGUGACCACCCGGAUUUUACGAAUGGAGAGAAUCAAUACUCAGCAACUCUUACCGCCCACGGGGCUCACGAAAACGGGAGCGAGGAACACAUUCUAUCGACGCCGCGUUCCGCAGAACAUAACAAGGAGGUGGAGGCAGCCCUCGGAAUCGUGCGCACAGUCGAGUUUGACGUGGAAAAUUCAUCCACCUCUGCGCGAUGA